CUCGUGCUCCCCACGCCCCUCCCACUCGAGUUCCGCCGUUCCCCGCCCAUCCCCCGGCCCGGCCACCCCAAAGUCCCAACAGGCACGAACCGCCACGUCCCCGCACGCCUCGCCACGGCACCGCCCCGCGCGCCUCGGCCUCGGCCUCGCUGCGCUGCUCCCCCUCCGUUCCUCCCCCGCGACGCGCUCCCCGCGGCGGCCGGGCGUCCCCAGGUGCCGGGAGCACGCCCACCGCCCGGGCCGCGCGCGCGCCCGAUGCCCAGGGCGCGCGGUUUAUGGGCGGCCGCGCCCGCUCCCUCCUCCGCUGGCUCCGACACCGCUCGCGCCGCGUCUCCUCCUCACCCUCCUUCCACCUGACCUCCACCACCAACAACGACCACACCGCCACCAGCAAAGACCUCCACGCCCACUCGCUCCCGCGCCAGUACAACGCCGAGGAGGAGGAGCAGGAGGAGGAAGGGUGGCAGGAGGUCGCCGAGGGCCCGGAGUCCGCGCCCGAGGGGUGCAUUGUCUUCGAGGAGCGGUGCGCAGGUCCGCGCGCGCCGGUGCGCACGAAGCCGCCACCCAUGGAUCCGAGCAAGAAGGAGUCUGAAUUCUUUACAGAGUAUGGUGAGGCAAACCGGUAUCAGGUUAGCGAAGUCAUUGGCAAAGGUAGCUACGGUGUUGUGGCUGCUGCUGUCGACACCCAGACUGGUGAGCGUGUGGCUAUCAAGAAGAUUGUUGAUGUCUUUGAUCAUGUCUCCGAUGCAACUCGCAUCCUUAGGGAGAUCAAGCUGCUCCGGUUGCUGCGUCACCCAGACUUAGUUGAGAUCAAGCACAUUAUGCUUCCUCCUUCGAGGAGAGAAUUCAGGGACAUAUAUGUAAUCUUUGAGUUGAUGGAGUCGGAUCUCCAUCAGGUAAUAAAAGCAAAUGAUGAUCUGACAGCAGAGCAUCACCAGUUCUUCUUGUACCAGCUGCUCCGUGGAAUGAAGUACAUUCAUGCAGCAAGCGUUUUCCAUCGGGAUCUUAAGCCCAAGAAUAUUCUAGCCAAUGCUGACUGCAAGCUGAAGAUUUGUGAUUUUGGCCUUGCCCGUGUGUCAUUCUGUGACACCCCAUCAGCCAUAUUCUGGACGGAUUAUGUGGCAACUAGAUGGUAUCGAGCUCCAGAAUUAUGUGGCUCCUUUUUCUCGAAGUACACUCCUGCUAUUGAUAUUUGGAGCGUAGGAUGUAUAUUUGCAGAAUUGCUCACGGGGAAGCCACUCUUUCCAGGGAAGAAUGUGGUGCAUCAGUUGGAUCUUAUGACUGAUCUACUUGGUACACCUUCAGCAGAGUCCAUCUCUAAGAUAAGGAAUGAGAAAGCUCGACGAUACUUAAGCAAUAUGAGGAAAAAGCCUCGGGUUCCAUUUACUAAAAAGUUUCCAGGGGUAGAUCCUAUGGCCCUCCAUUUGCUUGAACGUCUUCUUGCUUUUGAUCCCAAGGAACGACCAAGUGCUGCUGAGGCCCUGACAGAUCCAUACUUUAAUGGACUAGCAAAUUCUGAACGUGAACCCAUAGCACAGCCUAUCUCAAAACUUGAGUUUGAGUUUGAGAAGAGGAAACUGGGAAAAGAUGAUGUCCGAGAAUUAAUUUACCGAGAGAUUUUGGAGUACCAUCCUCAGAUGUUGCAAGAAUACCUACGUGGAGGUGACCAGAACCAGAUGACCUUCAUGUUUCCAAGUGGGGUGGAUCGCUUUAGACGACAAUUCGCUCAUUUGGAAGAAGGUACUGCAAAGGGUGAAAAGCCCAGUCCACAGCUGCGGCAGAAUGUUUCUUUACCAAGGGAAAGAGUAAUUGGCAACAAACAUGGAGAUGGCAAUGCAGGUAAUAAGCCAGCGCAAGCUUCAGUGACGGAUGGGGUAAACCAACCGGGCUUGAGUGCGAGAAGCUUGCUGAAAAGUGAAAGCAUCAGUGCUUCCAAGUGUAUAGGUGAAAAAUCAAAGCAUGUCAAUGAUGAGGACCCUAUUAUGGAGACUGACGAAACAGUUGAUGAAGUGUCGAAGAAGAUUGCUCAACUGAAAACAUGAUUCUCUCAAAGGUCACUGGAGUAGCAUGAUAGCUUCCCUCAAGCUGAGAAUGAACCUACGACAAGAGUCUAUAGCCAAUAAGACCACAAGCUCUCAUGCCAGUAACUUUGUUGCGAUGUAAAUUUCCUCCCGUUUUUUGACUGCAAGCAAACUUAUGUCUGACUGAAUAGCUCCGCGUGUUUUCCUCUGUGGAGCCAUCACAAUCCUGUAAAUUUUUCAGUUGGAAGUAAAUAUUUACGCAAAUGAGUAUUCGAUCUUGUU